UUGUGAAAAUACACCAAUUCGUAGAACAUGAUACGAUUUAAAAGAUAUGCCUGCCAUUUGAAAGAAAACUAAUUAAGCAGUUUCAAGUACAUAUAUGUUCCACUUUUUGGUGAAAUGAAGUUUCCAAAGUUCCAGCCGCCUGUCAAUUAGAAUCGGAGCUCUACCAUGCAUAUAUAUAAUCACUGCCAUGCAUCGAGUACAACAACCAUUGAAACAGGUCGAAGGUCGAAGGUCGAAGCAGCAGAUGGAGUACGUUCGUUAUCCUCCAUAAUCAAAGCUAACUAAUUUUCUCGGUCCUAAAUUUGUAGUUUAAGGAGGUGUACACAUCCCACGUGUCAAAGAUACGACGUGGCUAAGACGCGUGGCACAAAUGAUCAUGAGAGGUGCGCGCAUCACAGAAUCAAACUGCCAGGUUCUGUAAUUUGCUGUUGCAUGUCGACACAAUUUCGUUCCCGAUAACGUCGUCGUGACACCAUAUGUCCAAACUCUGAAAGCUAGCUAGUGGGAUUAGCUUUUUCUUCUCAAAUAAUGCAACCAUUGUUGGGAGAGCUUUAGCUUUAGUGAUAUGUCUAGUGUCCCAUUAAGGCCAUAAAGAGAAAGCCUUUAAAGACAGCGCGCUAAUGAGCCAAUAAUUAGUGCUAUUACUGCUUGUUGGUAGAGGAAGUGAAUUGGUGAAAGCUACGUACUUUGCAUACAGAUGACAAGCUAAAAACCGAUUUUGCUUCCAAUAUUGCCUUCUUCUUUGGCUCGGUACUGCAAUAUCCAUUCUCUCAAUUUCUCUCAUGGCUGGAGGUCAGAGAGCAAACGGGCUCAGCAAGUCAUGCAUUCUCCUAAUAGUUCUAGCUGGUCUGGAGAGGAUGGCAUUCAAAGGGGUGGCAUCCAAUCUAGUGACUUAUCUCACGGAUGUUGUGAAGAUGAGCAACUCUUCCGCGGCCAAGACGGUCAACAGCUGGUGCGGGUUUACGUCCAUGCUGCCACUGCUUGUGGCACCCCUUGCUGACUCUUAUUGGGAUCGCUAUUCCACCAUAUUGACCUCUUCUGUCCUCUAUGUUGCUGGGCUUAUGGCAUUGACAUCAACAGCGCUGGCAUUGGCAUGGUCUCCUAGGAACGAAGCAAGGUCGUCGUCUUCACUUCUCUUGUGGUCUCUGUACUUAAUUUCAAUAGGCCAAGGUGGAUAUAACCCAUCUCUGCAAGCCUUUGGAGCAGAUCAACUUGACGAGGAAGAGGAAUUGCCCUGCAGCAAAGACGAUCACAAGUCCAAAAAAAAGAGUUUAUUCUUCCAGUGGUGGUAUUUUGGUGUUUGCAGUGGAAGCCUAAUGGGUGUCACGUUUAUGUCUUACAUCCAAGAUACCUUUGGUUGGGUACUGGGGUUUGCCAUUCCCAUGAUAGCAAUGCUUACAUCGGUUGCCCUUUUCUCUGGUGGAAGCCGGCUGUAUAUGUAUAAAGGGAAUGAGGCUAUCUGCAAUAUUAAGCCCUUUGAGAGCAUAGUUCAAGCUUUUAAGGCCAUCAAAUCUAAAUUCCUGAGUUGUGGAAUAUUCCCAUCGUCAAGUUAUAAAUCUGCAGAUAAGGUCGAGCUAGAGCUUCAAGAUCAGAAACCUCUUUGUCGUGAAGAGUUUGACAGCAAAAAGGGGUUGGAAGAGAACCGGCCGGCCAGAACUGGUGUACCCAUGCAUGAAAAUGCGAAGGUGGUGCUGCGGCUCUUGCCCAUAUGGACAAUGCUUCUAAUGUUUGCUGUAAUUUUCCAACAACCUGCGACCUUCUUUACUAAACAAGGUAUGACAAUGAAGAGGAACAUUGGAAGCAACUUCAAGAUCCCACCAGCCACGUUGCAGAGUGCCAUUACACUGUCUAUAAUUCUCCUAAUGCCUCUAUAUGAAAAAAUCUUGAUCCCCAUAACACAGCUGGUAACUUGUGAUGAAAAGGGUAUCAGUGUGAUGAAAAGAAUGGGGAUAGGGAUGUUUCUAUCAGUCAUAGCCAUGGUGAUUGCAGCCAUUGUCGAAACAACGAGGCUACAGAUGAGCAGAAAAAUGGGAAAUCUUGGAUCACAAUCAGAAACGGUGCCACUGAGCAUAUUUUGGCUGCUGCCCCAAUACAUUCUCUUAGGCAUUUCAGACAUUUUCACUGUUGUUGGGAUGCAGGAGUUCUUUUACAAUGAAGUCCCCAUUAGAAUGAGAACCAUGGGGUUUGCUCUAUACACAAGUGUUUUUGGCGUGGGAAGCUACUUGAGUGCCAUAUCAAUUUCGCUCGUGGAAAUCUUUACCAGUUCAAAAGGAAAGCACAGCUGGUUCUCGGACAACAUGAAUGAAGCUUGCCUUGACAAAUACUACUGGCUUCUAGCCUUGUUAAGCGCAUUGAGCUUGCUCUUGUACAUAAUUUUGUGCCAGUGUUACAAAAGCAGGACUGAAUUGGAGAACGAAAACUGUAAAUAAGGUGUUUCUUUUGAGUUUGAACACACUUCUUUGUUAAUAUUCGUUUUGGUUUGAAUGCUAUAUAGAAUAUGUUAUUUCUGCCCAA